CUCCGCGUCAUCAGUCUGACCGUGCCAAUUAAUCGAUAUCCGAUGCCAAUGUGCGCUUGUUUCGCAAAAUGAAACGCAAUUACUCCGGAGCCCCCAUUAUGUCGGCUUAUCGGGCAUCUCGACUGCCAGUUUCGUGCCGCCCUUGCCGCGAGAAGAAGCGCCGUUGUGAUCGCAACCAACCUUGUUCGAAUUGUACCCAACGGUGCCUCACUUGCGUUUACGAGAAUGGCAGUCGAGCCACUAAUUCAUUGGAGAGUGAUACAGUGCCAAAUCGAAAUCUUGGCGAGGCUUCAGUCGACUUGAACGAAAGCACAAUGGCGUUCUCCCCUCUGAGACAGUUGGAUCUGUCAGCCAACCUCUUCCCCAUGUACACCAACCAGCUGUGCUAAUGGUAUUUCAGAAACAAGGACAUGCUUGACAGACUGACUAAACUAGAGAAAGCCGUCUUCCCAAAUGGAGCUCAGGUAUCGCAGCCUACCCAGUCAGAACCAACUUCCUCCCGCCGCAAGUUGUUUAACUGCCAUAUUGAGACUACCUCAAAUAACACAUCUGCUUCCAUCAAUGCGCGCUUGAACCAUUUGACGUCGAAUCUUCCGCCUGCCCACCAAGCAUAUCUGCUAUGCGAACACUUCGUUUCCACCAUUCAACCUACGUUCGGUGUCCUGCAUGUACCGUCGACUAGAAUACUCGUUCGGCAAGUCUAUAGCGCCAUGGACACUGACCAUGAAAUGCCAAAGAUUAAUGAGUUGCUCAUGCUUUUCAGCAUCUUUGCUGGUGCAGCUUUAGCCUGGACAGAUGAACUUCUUCAUAAGCUUGAAGCAACGAAAGAGAACGCCGCAUCGGCCUUCGACUGUUAUUUUCACUCUGCUCUGUCGAUUGUUGAAGAUGCUCAUACACCACUACCGCCGUUGGUCGAAGUUGUCUCAGCGAUAUCUACCCUUGCACACGUGGCCAUCAACUCCGAUGAUGUCGUUCCAAUCAAAGCGUUGAAUCUUAGAAGCCGGUGCUACCUGAUGUGCCGCGAAAUGAUGAUUCAUCGCUUGGAUAGCCCGGUAGCCCAGAAGGAGAGAGAAGUAAGCGUGGCUAACGAGAUUGACCUGGAGGUUCAGAGACGUGUAUGGUGGAACAUGGUUGCUUCUGACUGGUUAACUUCAUUAUCCGGGAGCUCUCAGGAGGGUGUCUAUACGUUCAUCCCAAGACUGAUGAGAGUCAAACAACCGCGUAACGUUGACGACAUUGACCUCAAAAUGUCAGGCGAUAUGCCUGAUUUACCUAUCUCCGUUCCAACGGACAUGACCUUUUUCCUCCUGCGACUCAGGACGGCGGAGAUAGCUCGCGAGAUUGUCGAUACCAUUCCGCCCCUGGCCGACGACUCCCCUGAAGAAGACUAUGAAGUAAUUCUUCAGCUUGACAAGAAACUACAAGACUUUGCCAAGUGUCUUCCUGAAUUCUGCAAGCUCGACCCGGAGAGUAUGCAGAAGUCCAAAGAGAUCUGCGAAGAGAGACCGUCCAUUUACUGGCAGAGGAUAAGCCUUCACCUCGGUAUACAUGCACGGAUUUGCCGACUUCACCGCCCUUAUCAUCUGGCGGCUUACACAGAUCCCCGAUAUUCCUACUCUCGCACAACGAUCCUCAAUUCAGCAUACAAGAUUCUGGAACUCAGACGCAUGAUGGAUGACCCGCUUGCUAAGCUCAACUUUAGACCUGAGAGGUAUUUGGUCAUCUUCUUGCACGUCACCUCAGCCGCCAUAGCGUUGGCCGUUGACCUAUCGCACAACCCAGAUGAACCCGAUGCAGAUACCGUGAAAGAGAAGGUUCAGGUCGCUUAUGAGAUGUUGAACAAGUCAAGAAAGAACGCUCAGAGCUUGAUCAAAGGCAUUGAGAAGAAUAUGGAACAGGUCAUGGGGACUUUGCAGAAGCAGCGUACGAACGCGAUGACAUCGGCUUCACCGGGUACGACACCAAGCGCGAAUUUAAAUUCUGUCCCUGACAUGAAUGAUGUGACUAUGGGCAUGUCGCAAGAUGGAUUUGGGGAUCAACAUUCACACCAGCUCUGGUCAGACUUUUUGGCUUCUGUCCCUGACCUUGAAGAGUUUCAGUGGACUUCUCUUCUGCAAGACCUGGACUUUGAUCUUAGUCACUUCAGUUAAGAAGUUUGAAGCACGGUGUUGGACGCAUUGCAGCGUGAAGCUAUCAUGAUGCAUGUAUCAUGAGAAGCAAUUUGCCGGCCAGGUAACCCGCUUGUCGAUUUGCUGUAACCUGCAAUAAGGCAAGAUAUGUCUUGGAUAAUAUUACUAUACUAUAUAAAG